AUGAAGCAGUAGCCGUUUCCCAAUGUCAAGGAAGGAUCCUCGGAAGCUAGAAUUUCGAGGAUGCUACGUCAUCGACGUCCGUCGAAGGACUGUUCCAAUGUCGAGGAUCCUCGAAAUUUCAGCCAAGGACUGAGUCCUUCGUUCGACAAAUAUCCCAUAUACAGGAAAGGAUGCAAAUUUGUAUCCUUCGCGCUCUUCACGCGCUGAAAUCACCCACAAUCCUCUGCGCGCAGCACCGAAAGCACACCUUUCAAUCACGUAAUGACGUAAUGACGUGCACUUGCUAGCCUGUUCCAUUUAACGUGUUCUCCGAAUGCUUAAAAGGAGCCUCGCCUCGCCUCUGAAGGAAGUGACUUGUAAGGACUAGUCCUGCCAAGGAAGUAUCCUUGACAUUGAGAAACGGCUAGUAUUUCGAAAUUAAUCGGUGACGUCACUUGCGCGAAAGUGAAACUACAUUGAUGAACAACAGAUUAUCGUAACCACAGAAUAUUUCCGUUAUUGUAACGGUGUAGUGGACACCGCUGAUAUUCACUUACAGCAGAUUUAACCAGAGAGAACCAAACUGACUGAGGCAUCGCUCAUUUACUGAACAUAGGUGGCAGGAAGUGACGUAUAUACACAACAUUUACACAUUUUGGCCAGGUCAUUGUCCGAAAGCGGAUAGCAGUCAUGUCAUCCUCCAGUGAUCCAAUGGCCGAGGAGUUUCAGUGUUCAAUUUGUCUGGAUGUGUUCAAUGAUCCAGUCAGCAUUCCAUGUGGACACAACUUCUGCAAGAUCUGCUUGAAUACAUACUGGAACAACUGUCAAGACAUCAGCUGUCCAAACUGUAAAGAAACAUUCGAGAAGAGACCUAAACUCAAGAUUAAUACAACACUCAGAAAUCUUGUGGAUGAACAUAAGAAGAAAACUGCAGAGAAACAACCUGGGGUUUACUGUGACAUCUGUGAGGAAGUAAAACUGAAGGCUGUGAAGUCCUGUCUGGUGUGUCAGAGCUCUUACUGUGAAACUCAUCUGGAGUCUCAUAUGAGAGUGACAGGUUUACAGAAACACAAACUGAUUGAUCCUGUGAAUAAUCUGCAGGAUUAUAUUUGUCUGAAACAUGAGAGACCUCUGGAGUUCUUCUGUAGGGAUGAUCAGACAUGUGUGUGUCUCAUCUGUACUGUCACAGAUCACAAGAAUCACAACACUGUGACUGUAAACGAAGAAAGAGAAAAGAAGAAGAUUGAGCUGUUGAAGACACAGACAGAUGUGCAACAGAUGAUCCAGGACAGAAUCAAGAAGAUUCAAGACAUCAAACAUUCAGGAGAACUCAGAAGAUUUGAGCUGCUGGAGAUGGAGGAAAAGCAGAAAGCAGCAGAAAAACAGGAUGAAGAUCUCAUUAAAGAUCUGGAGCAGGAGAUCACUGAGCUGAAGAGAAGAAACACUGAGCUGGAGAAGAUCACAAACACUGAAGAAAAUCUACACCUCAUACAGGAGAAACAUCUAAAAGGCUGGAGAAAGCAGCAACAUUUUUCAUCUGCUCACCAUUUAAAACAUUUAAGACUUCAGUCCUCACCGCUUGUUGGGAGAAUCAGAUCUUAUUUGUGGUUUCUUGUUGUUCCUGUGGGAAUCUCCCUGCUGAUGCUCUACCUCACUUCUUCCACUGAUGUUCAGUCUCUCAACAUUGAAAAACUCGGUGAAGUUGUGUUGAAGAAGAUGCAGCAGUAUGCAGUGGAUGUUACUCUGGAUCCUGAUACAGCAAAUGCUAAACUCACCCUUUCUAAUGAUAAGAAACAAGUGAGAGAUAAAGGCAUUUUGCUUGACCUUUCAGAAAACCCAAAUAUGUUUGAUUUGUAUAGUGUUGUCCUGGGUAAUGAGGGAUUCUCAUCAGGGAGAUUUUAUUAUGAGGUUCAGGUGAAGGGAAAUACUAACUGGAGUUUAGGUGUGGUCAGAGAAUCUGUUAACAGAAAGGGAGAGAUCACAAUGACACCAGCGGAUGGAUUCUGGACAGUUUCUCUGAGCAAUGAUAAUGAAUAUAAAGCUGCUGCUGGUCCUGAUGUCAAUCUGUGUCUGAAAGUGAAUCCAAAGAAGGUGGGUGUGUUUGUGGAUUAUGAGGAGGGUUUGGUCUCCUUUUAUGAUGUGGAGUCCAGAUCUCAUAUCUACUCUUAUACUGGUCAAUCUUUCAAUGAGAAACUCUAUCCAUAUUUUAACCCAGGUUUUAAUAAUUGGGGAAAGAACUCGAAACCAUUGAUUAUCACACCUGUCAACAACAAUCAGUAAAUUUGCCAACAAUGUAUAAAAUAUUUUCAUUUCAAAUAUGAAAACUUAAAAUAUGUACAUGCUACUUUUCAGAGAAUAACAGUCCUUUUGUCAUUUGAUGUCAUUGCUGAAAUUACAGAUUUUCCCAUUAAUUGUAAGAAUAUGUAUUUGACAGAAGAGACUUCUGGAAAGGGAAUAGUGAGGUAUUUUUCUACAACUAUUGUUCUUUUACUUCAGUUAUUGGGUCAUAACGGUGCGUAAUUAUAAAACAUGUGUGAGUGCCAAACGUAUUCUGUAUGAACUUCCAUUAAAAACUGUUGGUUUAAA